AUGGCUAGCCUUCCUGUGCUAGCUUUCGAUGCUGAGGGCCGCCCAGUGAAGUUUGACACCUGGCUCGAUGACCUGCACCUAUUCCUACAGCUCACUGCCAAGGAAGACAUCUCACUGUACGAUCACGCCUUAGGCCAUGCUACUGCCCCUUCUUCUACUGCUGACAGCACUACACGCUCACAGUGGCAGACUCGUGACGCCCACGCUCGCUUUGCUAUUCGCAACUCCUUGCCGAUAGAUGAGCGCGAGCACUUUGGCCAGCACAAGACUGCACAGGCACUGUACACUGCUGUCGUUGCCCGCUACUCCUCACCUGCCUCUCCCGCACUAGGCCGUCUCUCACUCCCCUACCUGUUCCCCGACCUGUCCUCUUUCUCCACAAUCGCUGACCUCAUCACGCACCUCCGCACUAGUGAGGCCCGCUUCCGUGCCGCUAUGCCCGAUGAGUUUCUUGCCAAGAACCCCCCCCCGCUCCGGCUCACUCUCUACCAUCUAGUCACCCGCCUCCCUGACACUCUGCGUGCAGUCAGGGACCACUUCCUAGCUCGCUGCCCCACAGAGCUCACCAUUGCCCUCCUCGAGAAGGAACUACUUGCAGCUGAGGCUAGCAUAGUCGCUGUAGGUGCCUCUCGUGGCGACCCCCGCACCCCUUUCUUUGAGGGGUGUUCCCCUUCCCCCCUUCUCCCCUUUGUAGCCUUUGCUGCUGCUGCCGACCUCCUUGGUGCUGAGAAGGUCGGGACCGCGCGGUGGUGGGGGCGGUGGCGGCGGUGGGGGUGGUGGCGGGGCUGGAGGGUGGCAACGGUGGGGGUGGUGGCGGCAGCGGCGGGGGAGGUGGCAGGGGCGAGGGCGGAGGUGGUGGCAGCGGUGGACGCGGAGGCGGCAGGGGCGGUGGUGGACGGGGUGGCAGCGGCGGAGGUGGUGGUCGUGGAGGCGCCGGCAGUGGCUAGAGCCAGCAGCAACCUCUGUCGCCCGAGGAGCUUCGUGAGCGGUACUCUCAGCACGGGGGGGGGGGGGGGGGGGGGGGGUGGACUUAGCUACACGUACGUCAUCCGCAAAGGUGACCGCACUGGUCAGACGUGUGGGAGGGCGCACCCCACGCAGCGCUGCUUCUCCCGCCUCGACGACGCCUGGCGCACUCAGUUCCCUGGUGCCACUGAGCUGCCCCGCUGGGCCGAUCUGAUGAGGAAGAACAUUGAUAUCUAUGCUCUUGACUUUGAUGCUAUUCUCACUGCGAUGUAUGUCUUUUCUACUAGUGGAGAGGGUGAUCAGUACCUGUGUGUUCCGCCCAACCCGGGCAUUCGACCCAAUGGAGCUGCCACUCUAGGUGCUAGAGUGUCUAGUGCCCUAGUUGCUGGUGAGGCUGCCGCUCUAGGUACUUACGUGUCUGCUGCCCCAGGUGCUGAUGAGGCUGCUGCUCUAGGUGCUCGUGAGUCUACGCCCCCUGGUACUGGGUCUACUAAGGCACUGCACACCUUCACUCUGGACUCAGGUGCUUCUCGCUGUUUCUUUCGUGACCGCACUGCCCUUAAGCAGCUUGCUCGGCCAGUUGCAGUCUCCCUCGUUGACCCCUCUGGGGGUCCGGUCGUUGCGACCUCCUCCAGUGUCCUCCCUUGUCCUGCGGUUCCGUCGGGCACACUGUUAGGUCUCUACCUCCCCUCGUUCUCUACGAACUUGGUGGCGGGUAGUGCGCUCCAGGACGGGGGUGUCCACCAAUUUACCCCUGCCUACGAGUGCGUAACACACUGCACGUGCGCUCGGACGGGCCGCCACCUGGCUACCUUCACUCGGCAGCCGGGGUCGGACCUGUACACGCUGACCACUGAGUCCCCUCAGGUAGCUGCGUCUGCGUCUGCGUCAGGUCAGCUGUCUGCCCCCUGCUCGUGUCGCUCCCUGGCAUACGAGACUGUCCUCUGGCACCACCGCCUUGGUCACCCGUCAGUGCAACGCCAUCGUGCCAUGCACAAACGGUACCUUGUCUCUGGUCUUCCCAGGGUUCUCCAUCCACUCCCACCGUCGCCUGCUCCUCCCUGCCUUCCUUGUGUCGAGGGGCGGCAGUGCGCUGCUCCUCACUCCUCCUCGUUCCCUCCCACAGAGGCUCCACUGCAGACUCUCCACCUGGACGUGUGGGGCCCAGCCCGCGUCCGUGGACAAGGUCAGGAGAGGUACUUCCUGAUCGUUGUUGACGACUACUCACGCUACACCACGGUCUUCCCAAUUCGCACCAAGGGUGAGGUCCCUGAUGUUUUGAUCCCUUGGAUCCGUGCUACUCGUCUCCAGCUCAAUGAGCGGUUCCACUCGGACUUUCCUGUCCUGCGUCUGCACUCUGACAGAGGUGGUGAGUUUUCCUCCGACCUCUUGGCAGCCUACUGUGCGGAGCACGGCAUCCGCUAG